AUGUCCGAAUCUUCCGCAUCCGGAAGAAAAUUGGUUCUAAGCACGCUUCUAGAAACAGAUCACUACGAGAGCCUAAUAAAGGACCUAACGUGUACAAAAUGUAACAAAUAUAUGAAGCCUCCAAUAUAUCUAUGUGUGGAUGGACAUAGUAUAUGUGGGCUCUGCUAUGAGAAGAGCUACCAAUGUCAUGUUUGCAAGAAAGAGUUCGCGCUGAUCCGUUCUCAGAUUUUAGAGUCAUUAGCGAAUAAAAUGAUGUUCCCGUGCACCAACGAGGGAUGUCCGAAGCACGCAAAUCUUGCGUUACUCGAGAAGCAUAUUGCACAUUGUCAAUAUCGGAUCAUAAAAUGUUUUAUGGCUAGAGUUUAUGGUGAGUGCAUAUGGGAAGGCAGAGCUGGAGAAUGGAUGGACCACUGUUUUGCUGAACAUAAGGAGAAGGUUACUGACCUACCCUUCAUCACUGUCAACGACAAGUGGAAUGGAAAACGGACGGAGCCAGUCCUAAACUACUUCCUACUUAAAUGCUAUGAGAGAAUUUUUAAUGUUUAUCAAAUAUAUGACAAAAAAGGCGGAAGAAUGAUGUGGACAGUUCUAGUAAAUGACGAUCAAGCAGAGAAAUUCUAUUUUGAGGUCGACAUAUUUCUGCCUAAUGUUCCAAGCAAGAGAAUCGUGUAUAGACGUCCUUGUAAAUGCGAAAAGGAUGCUGAUUUUCUGGAGCAUACACAAAACGUCUUCAUUCCUAUUGAAAAUAUAUUUUCCAUGCUGGACGAAAGUGAAUCAAUUAAUUUCACUGUUCGAAUUGGUGAAGUGGAAAACUUGCCCCUUUUGGAAACGCCCACAGCAAGUGAGAGCCUUAUAUUGCUAAACAGCGAUUACAAAGAAGAAGAAUAG